CUCAAGACCUCCAGGCAGGCGCGAUUGAAUUCAAACAUUCAAACUGAGACUUUAAACAAAACAUUUGCUUUUAUACAUUUUAAAUACGCUAUUCUUCAAGAGUGUAUGCUGCAGAACAGUUGUUUGUUAAGAACACAUAUUUCACCGAGGUCAUGGGGGUGUCAGAGCUGUGGUCUAUACUGGAUCCGGUCCGGCAGUGUGUUCCUCUCUACAGUCUGGCAGGAAUGACGCUGGCUGUGGAUCUCAGCCUGUGGGUCUGUGAAGCCCAACACGUCCAGGGCAUGAUGGGAAAAGUCACCAAACCACAACUAAGGAAUCUGUUUUUCCGCAUGUCCUCUCUCACUCUGAUGGGUGCGAAGCUGGUGUUUGUGAUGGAAGGAGACGCUCCCAAACUUAAAGCAGAGACCAUGAGCAAACGCACGGAGAUGAGAUUCGGGAAGGUGCAGUCCAAACCAGCAGCUGUCAAAACCACCGGCAGGGGCCGAUUCAAGGCCGUUCUGAGAGAGUGUGCAGAGAUGUUGGAUUGUCUGGGUGUGCCGUGGGUGACAGCGGCAGGGGAAGCGGAGGCCAUGUGCGCCUUCCUGGACUGGCAGGGAGUCGUGGACGGAUGCAUCACUAAUGAUGGAGAUGCUUUCCUGUACGGCGCUCGGACGGUUUACAGAAACUUCAACAUGAACACAAAGGAUCCUCAGGUGGACUGCUAUCAGAUGUCUCGGGUUAAAGCAGAGCUUGGGUUAUGCAGAGAGACUCUCGUGGGUCUGGCCAUUUUCCUGGGCUGUGAUUAUAUCCCCAAGGGUGUUGCAGGUGUAGGAAAAGAACAAACGCUGAAACUGAUACACAAUCUGAAAGGACAAACUCUGCUUCAGAAGUUCAGUGAGUGGGAGUCAGACCGCUCUGAAAGGUCAGAGGUCACGGUGAAGAAGGUCACUCACUGUCUGGUGUGCCGUCAUCCUGGCUCUGCUAAGUCUCACGAGCGCAGCGGCUGUGUGUUUUGUAAGAGCGAUCGCUUCUGCUCACCUCAGGAUUAUGACUCUCGGUGUCCGUGUGAAUGGCAUCGCAUCGAACACACCCGCCAGGCGUCCUCCAUCGAAGCCAACAUCAGAAAGAAGACUCUGGCGUGUGAGCGGUUUCCGUUCACAGAGAUCAUCGAUGAGUUCUUGGUGACGAAGGACAAACCCGCACCGCCCUUCCGGAGGAGAAAACCCAACCUGCUGCUGAUGCAGAACUUUGCUCUGGACAAGAUGGACUGGCCCAAACACUACAGCAGCGAGAAGGUUCUGGUGCUCAUGACCUACACAGAACUCAUGAACAAGAAACACAACAGAGACACGGCCGCUCACAUUCAGCCCAUAAGAAUCUAUAAAGCACGAGUCAGGAACGGAGUCAACUGCUUUGAAGUGAUCUGGAAGAAACCAGAUCAUUAUGUGUUUGCUGAGGGCUGUGAUGAGCAGACAGAGGUGAGGACCGUUGAGGAAGAAUCUCUCUUUACUCUGGCGUAUCCUCACAUCGUCCAGGACUUCAACAGAGAGAGAGCUGAAGCGCAAGAGAACAAAACAAAGAAAAAGAAGCCAAAAGCAAAGGAAGAGAAGCCGGGAGAUUCUCAUGACGUCAUGUCCGAUCUCUUUGCUCAGAUGUCUUUGCAAACGGCGGCAGAUUCAAAACACUCAGACUCUGGUGUACAGAAACCCUCCAGUGAUGUCAUCAUGAACCCAACACAGAGCAAACCUCCCGAGACCCCACAGAAUCCAGCCUCCCCGACCUCUCCGGCUCACAAUUCUGUCUCUGCUCUGAUUGGCCAGCUGCAGCUCAGCAGUGUAGAUUGGGAUUCUUCAUCCUUCAUGGCAUCUCCAUCCCAGCAGUCUCCGAGCAAUAAGACUGAGCUCAGAUCAGCAGGAGACGGCACUGAUCUCACUGUUGCUCUGGUCUCUGGUCAUCCGGAGUCACCGCAGCGGGCGCUCGAGAGGUCUCUUAAGGAGCGGCUUGUUGUGAAAAAUGUUGUGAAGUCUCAUGUGUCGAUAGAUGGUGUGAAGAAGACACAAAAGCCCAGCGGAUCAGAGAGUCUCAAAGCAGAUUCAAACCCAUCUGCGCAGUCUAAAGUUCCGCUGUGUCCAAAAACACAAGCAAAGGUCACCAAACCAUCUACAGACCUGACAGAUCUACAGACCGUCACAGCUAAACCCCUGAGCUCUUCACAUCUGAAACCCAGCGUCCCGCCCGAGAGAAAACCGCACAGCGUGUGUGUGCGGCUUGAUUCAUUCAGUGACGCAGAGAAUCGACCCAGAUCACAGAAACACAAAAUCAAGGUCACGUCCCAACCACAGAGACCCAUCAAAACCAGCUCAACCCAUCAGUCCAGACCACAGAAAUUAUCCAGUAAUGACCAGCUGAGUGCUGUGAACACUAAAACUCCAGAGAAACACACCGCCAUCAUCCGAUCCACUCACCUGCAUCAUGUGAAGAUGGAUGAUGAUGAGGAGGAGGAGGAGGAGGAGGAGGAUUCUGUGGACAGUCCUCUACCUCUCGCUGAAAGACUCAAAAUGAGAUUUGCAAAGUGAGUGUGAUGCACUCGAGGGAAAUGAAGGAGCUGAAAUUAGAGUUUUCAAGAGAGAUAAUAAAUUCAUGCCCAAGUGAAAUUCAGUCUCUGAUGUGCAUUUGAAAUCGAUCUAAAUAACAUACAGAUACAUCUGUACAGAUAAAUAUAGCACUAUAACACAUAAGGCUGUGCAAAAAUAUUGAUACAUGUAACUAUCGCAAUAUUUGUUUUUUCAAUAGUGUAUUGAUAGUGAUACCUCUACUAUUGAUCUUUUUUUUUAAAUCAUGUCAUAUACAUACGGCCAAAAGUAAGUGGAAGCGAGCAUAGUGAAAAAUAGGGCAGUCGUGGCCUAAUGGUUAGAGAGUCGGACUCGUGACCAGAAGGACUCGUGCCGGCUCGAUUCCCAGGGCCGGCAGGUCACGACUGAGGUGCCCUUGAGCAAGGCACCUGACCCCUACUUGCUCCCCGGGCGCUGCAGUGAUAGCUGCCCACUGCUCCGGGUGUACGUGUGGUCACUACUCUCUGGAUGGGUUAAAUGCAGAGGUCACAUUUCGGGUAUAGGUCACCAUACUUGACAAAUACUUCACUUCGCUUCAAAUGUAAGAAGGCUUGGAGCUCUCAGAGCUGAUGUGUGGGUGUGCUUUGGUUUUCUAAAGAAGUCAUGGAGUAAUGAGUUAUAUCAAAUAAUGCUGUUUGUAGCUUCUCAAGUCAUGACACAAGUCACUUGGCUACUGCAGUGCAUUAGACAAAAAGUUUAUUAAGAAAAGUAACAAUGACAUGUAUUGUGCUUUCACGGAUGUGACACCAGCACAUUUACAGCACGGAUGAAGCAGAGGUUUUAUUCUGCCCAUGUUCAGUGUUUUAACUGUAAUGCACCACAACAGACAAGUGACUUGCGUGAGCCACCUUAUUCCCCUGUGCUACCCACUUGAGGGGCGCAAUCCACAGUUUGAGAAGCCAAACCUCUGAUCUAAAGGUCCAUGCAUCACACAUCAUGGCCACUCUGCAGAGGUAAGGGAUGUUUUUACACUUAUCCUCACAGAAAACCCCCGCUGGUGCACAGCAUGUUGUAUUUCUAGCUCUACUUUUGACAUUUUCUAUUUAAAGUAUUGCAAUAUAUUGCAAACGUGUAUCGUAUCGAAAUACAUAGCAAUAUAUUGUAUCGUGACCCAUCUAUCGUGAUAUGUAUCGUAUCGGGAGGCACUUACCAAUACACAGCCCUAAUAACACAUGUGUUCUGGUGUAAAAGCGUUUGUGUUUUAAUAAAAAUGCAGAACAUACAACUUUCAAAGUGAAACACAACGACAUUGCAAUUUGAUAAUUUAAUAAAUUGCUAUAGGCCUAAAUAUGUCAAAUGUUAUAAAUGAUUAUAAAUCAUAACAAUUUAAAUGAAGUUGUUGGUUGUAGU